CGAGGUCAUUUUCAGAAAGGUCGUUGUAGCAGCAAAGUUGCUACGACCUACGGGGUGACAUCCUGACAGUCUGGUUCUAACCCAGUACUUGUAAUUUCAACAGUGUCUGCAGUAAUUUUUAAAACCAAAAUGGCAAAUUCAGGAGUUGAUUCUGUGCUCAUAGUAUCUAAAGAGUAUUUCGUCUCACUUGUGCGAAACCCAGUUAGACGUAUACUAGUGGCGUGUAGUCUUGGAUUGAUAUCAUGGAAAAUAAUAACUUGUAUCCGUACUUAUCAGAAUCAGAAACUGUUAAAAUCAAAGCAGAUGCGUAUUACUGAUAACACGGAGAAAAUGAGGGAAAUGUUGUCCAAAUUAACUCAAUCAUCUAUACCGAUGGCUAUUUGCAGUGAGAAUUUAUCCUAUCUUUGUGAACAAAUCAAAAAGAAAAGAAUGAGCCCCGUGGAUGUUCUACAUGCAUUUCAGUUCAGAGCAUUACAGUUGCAGGACAAUAAUAAUUCAGGCAUUGCUGAAUUCAUUUUAGAAGCAGAAGAGUACGCUGCUAACUUGAUGAAAUCCCCAAUGAAUAUCGACGAACAGUCCGGAUUAUACGGGAUCCCCAUCAGCAUAAAGGAAGGGAUCGCGGUACGUGGCUAUGAUGUCACUAUGGGCAUCAUAAAACGAUGUAAUCAGCCUAUAGAUGAGGAUUGUGUACUCAUCAAGGUACUGAGAAGUGUUGGUUCAAUUCCUUUUGUGACCACCGUCACAACUCAGUUAUGUCGCACACUGGAUAGCUUUCACAGUAUUUAUAAUGAUGCAAAAAAUCCAUUUAAUAAAUCCAGGUUGCCGGGUGGUAGUUCUUCGGGUGAAGCUGUAUUAUUGGCGCAGUGUGGUUCUCCUGUGGGUAUAGGUGGAGACAUCGCCGGUAGUAUCCGAAUACCCUGCGCAUUUUGUAAUUUAGCUGGCUUGAAACCAACUUCUGGGAGACUGAGUCUAUUAGGUUUUGUAUCGGCCGCCAAGAAAUCAGUAUUAUAUAUAUCAUCUUGCCCAGGUCCUAUGGCUAGAAGGGUGGACGAUUUAGCUUGUGUGAUGCGUGCAUUAUUGUGCCCUACAAUGUUUGAUUUAGAUCCAUAUGUUAUACCGAUGAGCUUUGACCAAGUGUCUUAUGAAGGGAAGAAUAGAAAUCAGUUAGUGAUCGGUUAUUAUAGUAGCUUCGACGACCCAAAUCUCAUUCAAGUCUUGGACGUAAAUCAGCGAGUUGUAGAGAAAGCAGCCAAAUUAUUAGAAAGUGCUGGACAUCGACUUGUAAAGUUCACAGUUCCUGAUCCUUAUAAAGCUUUUAUACUUGGUUUGCGUGCCUUGUUUGCAGAUGGUGGUCAGGAACUUCGAAGUCAUCUACGAGGAGAACCACUUAGCCCGCAUAUUAAACUUAUCGAUACCGUUGCAAGAAUUCCAGACAUUUUGAAACCUAUUGUCGGUUUCAUUUCCAAACAUUUUGUUGGUAAACCGGUCUGUCCGUUAGCUGCAUUCCAGAAACUUGGCAGUGGCCAGGCAGCAGUCAAUUUAAUUUCCGAAAUCAAAGCUUACCGAUACGAAUUUGCAAAAGCUUGGAAUAAAGCAGGCCCACUGGAUGCGUUAAUAUGUCCUGUAUUUCCUUAUCCUGCACCACCAGAAGAUGCCUCACAAGUAUAUAUAUCUUCAUCCCUUAUCUACACUUUCUUGUAUAAUAUUCUGGACUAUCCUGCUGGAGCUGUCCCAGCUGGCUUUGUCACCGAAGACGAUGUUCGAAAUUCAUUAAUGAAAUCCAAAUCACUAUAUUCUUCUGGUGAUUCUUACAUGUCCAAAGUAUACGGACUAUUAGAUGGAGCAGAAAACCUACCACUGUCUAUUCAAGUGGUUGGUAAACCGUAUCAUGAAGAGACGGUUCUUCGAGUUAUGCGUGAAAUAGAAAGUAGUUUCUCUCAACAAACUGAGUCGUAAUUUCAAAGAGUAUUUCUACCUUUUCUUAUCGUGUUUCCUCUCUAUUUAAUUUCAUCUCACCUUUGUUUCUCUACCAGCAUCUUGUUAAGUUUUGAUUUAAACUUUUGUACCUAGUCCUUCUGAAUUAAGAUUGAUGGUUAGUGUAUUUACUCUACAUUUUCAUUGGCAACCAAAGUUUAUUUUCUUGAUCUUUUAGUUCUCGUUACUGUGAUAAUUGUGUUUUUUGAUCUUCAUUGUAGAUUUUAGCAGACAAUUCCAUCAACUUUAACCAGAAAUACCAUACUUAUUAAUAAUGUGCUGAUUUUUGGAUGAUAGCGGAUGGUAAUAUUAGUCAGUUAGGUGUAAUCAGAUAGAACCUACUACUGUAUAAUCCAAUUUGAGAUUAGAAAACUUUAAAUCAAAUAAAAACGAUACAGUUUCAUUAAAUAGAACAGUAAAGUUUAUUUCUUAUCUAGAGCGACGUGACUUCUUUUAGGAUCUCGAUAGUAACUUGUCUAGAGGUCCAUUGUAGGAAAGAUUCUGAUGUUUUAGAAUCCAUACACUUGUGUGUGGUAGUUUUUUGGAAAUUUGUUUAGAUUUCAUAUCUACUGGUACUCACUAAUGAGAUGAACCUGUUGUUAUGAGGGAAUUUAUCAUGCUUUUUCUGGUAUGGUAAUUCUCUUUCAUGGCCAGUGUUAUACGUUUUAUUGACGAAUUAUGUAACGUUUUACUUCGGGUAUAUCUUCAGUACACCUUUGCUUGUUGACUAUUCCCAGUAAGAUAUUAGCAAUACAAUUUGGUCGAAGAGAUAUUGUUCAGUUAUUAUCUGAUUACGUUCAACACUAAUAUAUGGGUUUGCAAUUAAGUAUAAAAUUAAUGUAGAAGAAAUAAAUGUAACUCAAACUAGCAAUAUAUCCCAG